AUGUCGGUCCGGUAUUUUUGCGAACGAAAAAAUGCCGACCCGGUAUUUUUUCAAUCAAUUUUAAAAAGAUACUCCGUAAGCACCCCAUAAAAAUUUUAAUUUUCAGCUCGAAAACCCUCAAAAAUUCGGGCACUUGGUCGAAUUAUUGAAUUGGAUGGUUGGCGAAAAAUAUCGAUUAGCGCCAACUUCAGCAAUUCUUGUUCGAGCUGUUCGACAAGCAAAAUACUAUAUUCAACACGAUGAAGUUGAGCUCAGCGGAAAAUUGGGAGCCGGAGCAUUUGGAGAAGUUUGGAAGGGGAAAUUGAAGAAAAAGGGGGAGGAGCCGAUUGAUGUGGCGGUGAAGAAAAUGAAGGGAAAUCCGAAGAAAUCAAUGUUGAGGGGAUUUGUGAAAGAGGCGAAACUUAUGAGAACUCUGUCGCAUCCGAAUAUGGUUCAUGUUAUUGGAGUUGCACCAAUGGACGAACCACUGAUGAUUGUUAUCGAAUUAGCCAAGAAUGGAUGUAUGCAGGUAUGACAAUCAAUAAAAACUCGGUCAGAAAACGGCGAGGUCGCUACACGUUUUGGGAAACUAAAAACGUGUAGCGACUCGAGCUGAUCAGCUCCGAUCGGUAGCGACCUCGACGUUUUCUGACCGAGAAUUUCAAGAAAUACACCAAUAAUUCAAUUUUCAGACUCAUCUUCGGAAAGAAAAAGUUAGCCCAAUCGAAAAAUUAUCAAGAUUUGCAGUUGACACCGCUCGUGGAAUGGCCUACUUAUCAUCAAUUAUGAUUAUCCAUCGUGAUUUAGCUGCUCGUAAUUUAUUACUUGGUGCAAAUAUGGAAGUGAAAAUCAGUGAUUUCGGUUUAUCAGAAAGUGGAAAAACUGAAGUGAAAGCUGCGAAAAUUAAAGUUCCGAUUAGAUGGUUGGCACCUGAAACAAUUGACACUGCAAUUUUUACAACUAAAACUGAUGUUUGGUCAUUUGCUGUUACAAUGUGGGAAAUAUUCACAAAUUGUAUUACUGAUCCAUUUCCUGGACUUACUAAUUCUCAAGCAAAAGAUAUAGGUAGUUCCACAUCUUGA